AUGUGGCGAUGCCAUUCUUUGCGGCUGUGCCGUCCGCGCCUAGGGACUGUUGGACGGCUGCGGCUCCCCAACACGGGACAGGGGCAGCCUCCACGGAUAUCCCUGCCGCUGCGGCUGCUGUCUUCGCAGGAUGUGGGGCGGGACAAGACCGCGGUGGCCGCAAAGGACAAAGAAGGCAAUACAUCAGUCUUCCUGCUGAUCCGAUCGCUUUGGCCGCGGGAAGCCUCGCACCAGGGCCGCAUCGGCUUUGCAGUGGUGGGGCUGGUAGUCGGCAAAGCAUUGGCCAUCUUGGCACCCCUGCAGCUCGGGCACUUGGUUGACGCGCUGGGCUCUGGCAUCGAAGCCCUGCCGUUGGGGCUGCUGGCUGCGUAUGGCUUAGCCCGGCUCUCCACGAGUGCUUUCAAUGAGCUGCGUGCAGCGCUCUUCGCGACAGUUUCGCAGAGCAGCUGCAGGGCUCUUGCCAGACGCAGCUUCGAGCAUCUGCAUCAUUUGGACACGAGUUUCCUGCUGUCCAGCAAGCCUGGUGCACUGAACGUUGUGGUGAACCGUGCCACAAAGUCGCUCACACAGGUGCUGAACAUGCUCCUUUUCAAUGUCAUGCCCAUAGCGGUCGAGUGUGCCAUGGCGUUGACGGUCAUGGCGUCGCUCGCAGGACCCGGCUGUGCCCUAGCAGCAUCUUCCACCAUCGCUUUGUACGUGGCUUUCACCACCAAGUUCUCCAAUCACAGGCGGGAGAUCAUGCGAAGAUCUAAUCGAGCAGAAGAGGAUGCAAGUGCGGUUUUCUUCGACUCCUUGGCGAACUGCGAGGUGGUGAAGUACUUCCGUGGUGAGGCACAAGAAAGCAGGAGGUACGACGAUGCUCUGGCCAGAUUUGAAGCAGAGCAGGUGGCCGUCUUGCACUCCUUGGCCAAGCUGAACUUUGGCCAGUCGGUGAUUGUUGUCGGAAGUUUCACUUCCAUACUGGCGCUGACGUCAUUGCGGGUACUGAACGGAGACCUUCCCGUUGGAGAUGUUGUGGCAAUUCAUGGAAUUCUGGCACAGUUGAUGCAACCUCUGGGCAUACUGGGAGGCGUUUACCGGCAUCUUGUCCUCACAUGCCCAACUCGCGUAGUGGCUGAGAGGCAGACCAUUGUGCAGGGUAUGCCAGCAGCCGAUGAAUAUGCUACGAACACAGAUUUGGAAGGGCAGAUCGAGCAUGUGAGGGAGAAGGGUGAACUGUCGGAAGCACAGUGCAGAUCCUUAUGCGAGAAAGUGAGGGAAAUUCUUCAAGAGGAGUCGAACUGCCAGCCUGUGCGCUGUCCGGUGACCGUCUGCGGAGACAUUCAUGGCCAGUUCCUAGACUUGAAGGAGCUCUUCCGGAUUGGCGGCCCGCUUCCAGAGACCAACUACCUUUUCCUGGGUGACUACGUAGACCGCGGCUAUUACUCCGUGAAGACCGUGUCGCUCAUGUUUCUGUACAAAGUGCGUUUCAAGGAGCGCAUAACUAUUCUCCGCGGCAACCAUGAGAGUCGCCAAAUUACACAGGUGUACGGCUUCUUCGAUGAGUGCGUUCGAGCAUACCGUGGUCCGCAGGUCUGGAAGCUAUUCACCGACUCCUUCGACUACUUGCCAGUGACAGCCGUGAUCGAAAACCAGAUCAUAUGCAUGCAUGGGGGCAUUUCGCCUUCGCUCGACUCCUUGGAUAACAUCCGCCAGCUGGACCGCAUCCAAGAGGUGCCUCACGAGGGACCUAUGUGUGACCUGUUGUGGUCAGACCCUGAUGAUCGAUGUGGCUGGGGCAUCUCGCCGCGUGGUGCUGGCUACACUUUUGGACAGGACAUUUCAGAGCAGUUUAACCACGCCAAUGGCCUCAAGCUGAUUGCACGGGCGCACCAGUUGGUUAUGGAGGGCUACAACUGGUGUCACGACAGGCAUGUGGUGACGAUCUUCUCGGCACCAAACUACUGUUACAGGUGCGGCAAUCAGGCAGCUGUUAUGGAGAUCGAUGAGCAUCUCAAGUACACCUUUUUGCAGUUCGACCCACCUCCAGUGCAGAAGGUCACAACGCAAGGCUUCGUCGACUUGGGCAAGCUUGCAGCCUUCCUACAUCAGGAGCCAGCAGUUCCGCCACCGCCUGGGGGUGGCGUGCCCUUCGAGUUCAAAGGAGGAGGCUUGGAGUUUCGAGAUGUCCACUACGCGUAUGCCCACAACACCGUCCUUGCAGGGGCUUCCCUGGCAGUGCCGGCUGGGACCAAGAUGGCCAUUGUUGGGCCGUCGGGAUCUGGAAAGAGCACGUUGCUGCGCUUGAUUUACCGAUUUGCAGAUCCACAGCAAGGGCAGGUGUUGAUGGAUGGUCAGGAUCUCAAACUGCUCGAUCCACUCACCUUCCGACGUCACCUGGGGAUAGUUCCGCAGGACUGCUCCUUGUUCAAUGACACGAUCAGUUUCAACAUCCGCUACGGGAGGCCCGAAGCUACAGAUGCCGAGGUCGAACGGGCUGCAGAUCUUGCGCAGAUCCAUCAGCAGAUUCGAUCUCUGCCUGAAGGCUUCGGAACACCCGUCGGGGAGCGUGGCAUGAAAUUGAGCGGCGGGGAGCGGCAACGAAUUGGUAUUGCACGAUGCUUGUUGGCGGACCCGUCUAUUGUGCUGCUGGACGAGGCAACUUCUGCCCUCGAUGUCCGCACUGAGCGGGCUCUGGCAGCUGCCAUGGAUGAGCUCAUGAAAGGACGCACUUGCCUGGUUGUGGCGCACCGGCUGGCAACUGUUCAGCGAUGCGAUGUCGUGGCCUUCCUCGAGGGUGGAGUCAUCCGCGAGCAAGGCCCUCACGAGGCGUCCUUGCGAAAGCUGCAUCGUGUGGUCUGCAAAGCUUGGGUCAUCACUUUCCUUGACAGGUGCCUGCUGAAGCUUGAGUCCGCAUUGCAAGCGAGAAAAGACGCUGCAAUCUUCUUCCAUGCUGCGGAGCUUCGAAACCUUGGGGUGAUUGAUUGUAGGAGGCCGCUGCUGAGAGAUCCCAGGCCAAAAGCGCAGCUAGCUGACCUCAUCGGUCUCGAGGAAGCGAAGGCGGUGCUGCGAGAGGCAGUUACGUUGCCACUGCAACUGGCAGACGUCGGCAGCAUCUUCUGGCGCUCCGCCGAGCGGAGUGCCGUGCUGCUUUCCGGCCCGGAAGGGAUUGGCAAAAGAGCUGCGGCAGAAGCAGCGGCAGCAUUGGCCGGCGCCCAGGUGUUGCACCUGGCGGCAACUGAUGCCGUCAAAACAGCCUUCUGCAGGACAGCAACAUCCAAAGCUGAUGCUUCCCAGAAGCCUGUCCUCAUACUCGUCGAAGGGCUCGAGUUCGCCCCCGAAGCUGCACUGUCGAUUCGGCGCUGCCUCGCAGAGGUGGCCAGAGCUGAGGGCUCGCAGCGAGUUGCAUGCGUGGCAACUGCCGGCUCCGACCCAAGCCAGUUUCUUCGGGCGAUCGAGCUGUUUCCAUUUGGCUUCAUGGUGCAAAUUUCACCGCCUAGCCAGGCAGAGCGCAAGCAGUUUCUCUUGAAGCUCUUCGCACAGGUCUCCAGAUCCGAUGCCCAAUGGGGAUCGGCGUUGCGAGAAGCUGCUGUCGACACGUUAGCAAAUCUUACCGCCAACUACACCUUUGCAGAGAUAGACUUCGUUGUCCGUCGAGCAUUCCUUCGAAGUACUCAAGAGGAGGGCUCACGAGAUCCAGUCGCACUACAUCACUUUGAAAAGAUCUUAGCAGAGACGCCACCACAGAGCUUCAGCGCCUUUGAGCAGGGCACAUCCAGUCGCAUGGCACCCGUGACCAGUCCUGCGAUGGGUGCUGGUGAAGAGCCGCCCUCGAAGAAGGAUUCCGAUGGCAAGCGGAAGAAGAGGGAAGGUGGCAAGGAUCCCAUGGAGAGCAUCUUCGGCUGGUGUAAUUUCUGGUUGCCCGAAGCCUUUCAUCUUCCUCCCGUCAUAUGGGCAAUGGUGAUCUUUGGUAUCAUGGCCCACCUGAUGGCCAGGACUACGUACCAGCCAUACAACAACCGUCGGCGACGCGGCACUGAAAGGGGUGGUGGUAUGGGUGGUCGCAGCUCCCUUUUCGGUGAUCUGAAGGGCAAUCCGCCGCUGCCUGAGAUGGCGUUGUACUCUUGUCUUCCGUGA